AUGAGGGCAACAACAAGAGCUCUAAAUAACCUUGCUCCCAUAUAUCAAGAAGUUGGGAAGUACGACGAGGCGAUAAAGACAUUUGAAGAGUCGCGCGAGUUGAAAAGGCGAUGCGAUGACGGAAAUCUAGUGGAAAUGGCUACGACUCUCAUCAAUCUUGGUCACUGCUACAGAGACAGCGGGAAUCUUGAGAAAAGUUUGAAUUUCAUGGAGGAGGCAGUCACAAUCAGCCGAUCAUGCUACUCAUCUGCUCAUCCCUUGUUGGCACGUGCUAUAUCUCAACUUUCCUCUACGUACGAUUUACUUGACAGAAACGACGAAGCUUGGAAAUUGGCAAGAGAAGCGUUGGAUAUUGCAAACGUAUCAUUACGGUCAUCAAAUCCUGAAUUGGCCGCGUAUAUGAACCAAGUCGGUCAUUGUUGUUUGUCGCGAGAAGACCCCAACGAAGCCAUAGAGUGGUAUGAAAAAUCUCACCAAUUGCUGCAACAACUACCUUCUUCACCUACAAGAGACGAUCUCUUUUCAGCAACUCUCAUCAAUCUUGGUGGCUGCUACAGAGAGAGCGGAAAACUUGAGAAAAGUUUGAGUUCAAUGAAAGAGGGAGUCGCAAUCAGCCGAUCAUGUAACUCAUUUCCUCAUUCCUCCUUGGCACUUGCUAUAUAUAAACUUUCCUCUACGUACUAUUUGCUUGACAGAAAAGAUGAAGCUUGGAAAUUGGCAAGAGAAGCGUUGGAUAUUGCAAACGCAUCAUUACCGUCGUCACAUCCUCAAUUGGCCAAGUAUAUGAACCAAGUCGGUUGUUGUUGUUUAUCGCGUGGAGACUCCAACGAAGCCAUAGUGUGGUAUGAAAAAUCUCACCAAUUGCUCCAACAACUACCUUCUUCACCUAUGCGAAACGAUCUCUUUGCCACAACGCUAGAUAACCUUGCUAUCGCAUACCAAAUAGACGAGAAAUACGACAAGGCGAUAAAGACAUAUGAAGAGUCGCUCGAGUUGAAUAGGCGCUGCGAUGACGGAAAUCUAGCACAAAUGUCUACGAUUCUCAUCAAUCUCGGUAGCUGCUACAGAGAGAGCGGAAAACUUGAGAAAAGUUUGACUUUACGUGAGGAGGCAGUGAAAAUCAGCCGAUCAUGCUACUCAUCUUCUCAUCCCUCCUUGGCACUUGCUAUAUAUCACCUUUCCUCUACGUACUAUUUACUUGACAGAAAAGAUGAAGCUUGGAAAUUGGCAAGAGAAGCGUUGGAUAUUGCAAACGUAUCAUCACCGUCAUCACAUCCUCAAUUGGCCGAAUAUAUGAACCAUUUGGGAGAUUGUUGUCGAUCACAAGGAAACUACAAUGAAGCCAUCUCGUGGUAUGAUAAAGCUAGACAAUUGCUGCAACAACAAGAUCAAUCACCUGAACGAGACAAAGGGAUUGCUACAAGUUAGUUAUGAUAUUUUUACUUUGCUCACUAAGCGUUGCCGUCUGCUUGUGUUUUUGUUAAAAUUAAUGCAACUGUUAUGCAUGGCGCACGAGGUUUGUCCGGGUCCGUAUGUAUACCCGCACUCACCCACUAAAUAUGCUCACACUGCAAUUGAUGAGAAGAAUUUAGAGCAAUGAACAUCGUUAUUGAUUUGAAGAUAUAUUCUGUUUUCUUAUGUAUAAACGCAGAAUUUGUAUGGCAA